CUAGGCACAAAGGAACUUCUUUUUUAUGGUUGUGUAUUACUGGUAUUACCUUGAUCUCUGCAGUUGGAGGUCAACCAUUCGUGUCUGAUGCAAAGAUUGAUACAAUAGAUACGCAACAAAAGAACGGCUUUUCAACCGAUACCCUAGAAACGUCAACAUCACCUUUAUUAGAAAACGAUCCGUGUUUGUCCCACUACUGUCCUAGUGGAAGAGAAUGUGUAGUUCGUGACGACAGACCCGAAUGCGCAUGUUCAAAAAAAUGCGUACCGCGCAGACCAGUCUGCGCAUCGGACGGUACAGUGUAUCUAAGCCAUUGUCAUAUGCACAGUACAGCUUGUAGCACAAAACAGAGGCUCACACAAAUGCCAUCUAAUUUCUGUACCAAACUCGGCAAUGAUGAACGAAACUGGACGAAGAAAAAAAGUAUUCUGUCGAGCUACAAACAAAAAAACAAUUCCUUAGCUACUCCAGAAAAUGUUCAGUCCGUCCUGGUGCUUCCUAGUUUAAAACCGGGAGACCUAACCAAUUUACUAAAUGAAAUUGAAGAUCAUUACUAUGGACGCGACGAAUGUUCUAUGCAGGAGUACGAAGUUAUGAAGGACAAUCUUUUGCUGUACAAUCAUGCUAAGUUGAUGGCAGAUAACCAAAGCAAAGAUUUUCUAUUGUCUAUGAUGUUUUCUCACUACGACAAGAACAAUGAUGGUCAUCUCGAAAAGCAAGAACUGGAACAGGUUAGCAAAGAAGAUCAAGAUUUAACUAAUGUCAUCAAUCUUACCAGCGGAUGUUCACUGGCCAGUAUGAUUGACUUUGACGAUACAGAUGAAGAUAAAAAACUAAACAUAAACGAAUUUUCUCUGGCUUUUAGUAAAUUAUAUAGUGUUUCAGUCGUAACACUGGAUAAAGCCCUCGAAAUCAACCAAAUCUCGGCACGUUUAGGAGAUAACGUCGAGCUACACUGCGCCGUCACUGGUUCACCGAUCCCACCCGUUCAGUGGCGCAGGCACGGGCAAGAUUUAGCAGCUCUAGACCAAGACGACGUAAGGGUUUAUGGUGACGGUAGUCUCUACCUAACCAAAGUUCAGCUACAACACGCGGGGAAUUACACUUGCAGUGCUCAGAGAAAUCCCCAUGUAGUGCAAACUCACGUAUUAACUGUUCAUACUGCUCCUGAAGUUCAUGUAAUGCCAAAAAUUCAAUCAAAACGACCCGGAGAGGAUGCCCAAAUGUUCUGUCAUGUGUCUGGUGAGCCAUUUCCACAAGUACAAUGGUUAAAGAACGAUGAGCAACUUAAAAUUGACGAGACAAAAAAAUUUCAAAUAGUGGGAAACGGGACAUCGCUGAGGAUUAGAAAAAUAGAUUUUGCCGAUACUGGAGCUUACAUGUGCCAAGCUACCAACACAGGAGGAUUAACAAGAGAUAUUAGUUCUCUAGUGGUUCAAGACCAACCCACUGCACAAAGUCCUACCAAUGAAGAGCAUAGAUUUUUUGCAUUUCACGAGUGGGGUAUUUCAGUAUAUGAGCCCACGACUUGUAGGCUGCAUCAUCAUAUCUUAGGCACAGACAUCAUUCCAGGGACUCAGGACUAUGUAUGUGGCAGUCAAGGAAUCCAAUGCUCAUGGGGCAGAGCUGUAUCAAUUUCCAAUCGUUACAUCUACGCUUCUCAGCCUAAUCUAGAUCGCAUUUUGGUGGUGUCCACCGUUCAAAUGGCAGUGGUUGAUGUAGUGGGCACGGACAAAGUACCCGUCGAACUAGAGAAAGUGCUUCAUUUAGAUCAAUUGUGGCUCCUCAGCUGGAGAAACAAGAGUGAUACUGGAAUUAAAACAGUACAGAUAAUCAGGGAUGCUGGGCAAAAGAGAAAACAUCACACGGUCCAUCCCGAACCCAUUGACGGUCAGUUCGACAUGGUUACUGGACUGUUUUUACCUUCCCCUUUCCAGGAAAUAUCACACUACACUUUUAAAUAUGGAUAUGUGACACAUACCAAUCAAAGAGGAUUAUACAAAUUAGACUUAGAAAACCUGAGAUACACAAGAUCAGUAGACUUAGCACCCUACAAUUGCGUACCUGAAGAAAUACAGUUCUCCGCGCUGUAUGGAUUUGUAUUUAUGGAAUGUCGUGAACCGAUAACCAAAAAGCCCACAGGUCAACUCAUACUGGACUACUUAACAGACGCUGUUAUUUCAACGGUACCAACCCUAUUUGGCAAACCCUACCUAUCACCUGAUUCCCGUAAGCUGGUUACUUUCGAUAGAGCAAAAGCUGGAGCAACGUUAAUAGUACAAGAGAUUACAGCACAUGGACUGGAAUUUUCGUUUGAUGUGAAAACAACUUUGAACAUCUCUGAUAUUGCAUUCUAUCCAAGUCAGACAACACACAGUUAUGAUUUGUACGCCAGCAGUCAGAAUAAGGAGGACUUACUAUUUGUUAAUUUAAAUACUGGUAAAGUGGAAAUAAUAACAGGAGUAGGCGUGGCCUCACCCCUCUCCCAGUGGGGUAACCCCGCCCGACCAAUCACGACCGCUGGACGAUUUGGCACGUUCCUGGCCACGCCCAGCGACCACGCCCUCUUCGUAAUAAACGGUCAUUCACGAACAGUUAAUUGUGAAAUCAGUGCCGUAACCAAGCCGUCUCAAAUUGUGUGGAUCACUCAGAAGUAUCACUAGAAAAAUAUAGAUUUAUUAUAAUACAAUAUCAAGAAAAAAUGUUAUUAUUCGUUUGCUUUUUAAGUGUAUUCCCAUUUAGAAAUAGAAGUAGAAAAGUGUAUUGAUUCCAUGGAGACAUGAAAGUCGGUCAAGUAUAAUUUACUAAAACUACGCUAGUGUACCUACUGUAUAACUGAAUAGAAACUACGUUAUAGAGCAGGUGUAGAGAUCUCCAAGGUGAUAACAGUCAUAAUAGUGACAAACAGUGAUUAAAUUUCGUUCAAAUUAAAAUGUUAUU